UCCUGACCCGGUAACGGUUCUGCCCCGAGUCUCCGACUCCGUCAGCAAUGUAGCGUCCACCAGCGGGACUCCAGCCUGCUCCGACCGGCUCCGACCAGUUCCCGCCGCCGGCCCCGUCCUCCGCCCCGCCCGGCCGCGCUGGUCCCGCGGAGAGCCCGCAGGAGAGCCCGCAGGAGAGCCCGCAGGGUCGCUGCUCGCCCCGGAUAACAGGCCGGUGAAGGUCUGCGAUGCUCCGCCGCCUGGGUUAGCUGGUGUCCCCGCAGGAUCAGCCCCCCAGCCGGACCCCAGCAGGGCCCCAGCCGGACCGGUGCGUGGAGAGACCUGGGCCGCGGACAUGUGGCAGAGCCUCGGCCUCACGCUGCUGGUCAUCGUGGCCGCGCUGUUCUUCGCGCUGCUCUUCAUGCUGUGUGGGUGGUAUGUCGUCUGGCAGCUCUUCCUGUCCAAGUUCAAGUUCCUGCGCGAGCUCAUCGGGGACGCCGGAACUCCGCAGGCCGAAACCCAACCGUCCGAACCCAAGAGCGAACGCACGGCCGGCGUCACGACGCGGAGCCGAAGCCGGAGCGCUCGCCAAAGAGUCCCGUCUCCAGAGAGCACCACAUAGACAAAAACGUGACGCCCCACCGACGCCACACGACACGAGGAUGACGAACCCUUCUCUUCCUCACCAGGACACUUUACACUGACCAGGCAGACCUCCUGGGUCAAAGGGAAAAGCCAUCUCUGAAACCAUGCUGUCCAAUCUUUAUGUCCCGUGUUUGUCUGCUUCUAUAUGUUCAGUGGUCCUCAAGAGAAACAGCUCUCAGGCUGUAAUGGUGUGUUUUUAGUCGAGGUGAGGACCCCGCCCAGCGCAGAUGGGUAACUUAUAAACAAAGGUGGCCUCCAGACGGGGGAUGAACUCAAAACUGAAGCAGUGAUGUAACAACUGAAAGCUUUCUCCUGAAAAACACCAAUGAGUGCAAUGAAGGAGUGUCCAGUGCUGUCUGGUUUUGUUCUGUAAGGUCCUCCGACCCUGGGGCUGUCAAUGAUGAGUGACUGCUUUUGUUCCACUUCUGUUAAACAAGCCCUAGUAAGUCCUUCUCCCCCAACAUAUACAUACAUAUACAUAUUUAUAUAUAUAUGUAUAUGAGGUUCAAGCCAGGUGCAGCUGUGCACAUCGUCAGCUGACCUCCUGUACCAGUAAAACUCCUGGGUGACCUCUGAACCCUUUCCUGAUCCCCGUGCCUCCGUCUGUAUCAGUGCCUGAGCGGCAGCCACUGUUAGUCACAUGACCUCCCGGUGUAUCCGGCUGCAGGGUUUUUUGUCCACUGCAGCAUCGGUUUAAGGUGGUCUCUGUGUAAUUCACUUAUCUUCAUCGUACAGGUCCUACAAACCUGCUGCUUUUCUAUCAGCUGUGAUUUUAUUUUUUGUGUUUUCUUUAAAGCAUCUCUAUGUAGCAGUAUUACUUCUGACCACACAAGGGAAUAUAGCGCUAAAGAGCGGGGCUGGUUGGCUCGGCUUGUAAUGCCACCUUGUCCCACUAGAGGGCCACGUUGCUGAAUCUUACAGCUACAGGGUUGCUGACUCAAUCCAGGAGGUGAAGAAGAGUGCAGUUCCUCUGCUGACCACUGGGGUUAAAAAACUGAGCAAGUCUCCAUUGACCUCCGUGAUAAAAUGCAUUUGUUUCCUUCCAGUAGAAGUAAACGCAUUUAUAACCUCAUCUAGUAACACAAAACAAAAAAAGGCACAAAUGUAUGCGUAGUUAGGGGUGUGGUCUUUUGAUUGACAGUCAAAGUUUAUGGUGUCAAACAGCUCACUGUAAAUAAAGACCUAACAGAGCAUAAUCAUCCUUGUUGAUUAUUAAUUAUUAUUGAUUCAUCCUUCUUGCUGAAGGCUUCCAACCUCCUUCUAGAUCAUCAGCAGCUGGACCCACCGGUUGAGAAAAAUCCACCUCCAAUCAUCUCAGGAUCCUUUCAAGAUGAGUAGCCAGACGAUGAGCCAACAGGAAGUUGAUUGUGCUCUGUCGCUGCAUGAGGGGAGUUGU